GGCAAGAAUUGACAUCUGGAAGGAGUUGCCACCAGCCACAUGUUAUCCAUCCAACGUCGCAUGCCCAAGCAGAAUAGACAACAACCCACACAAUCUGCAAAUAAAACUUCAAAAUACAGUGCACAAAUUUCACGCUACAAUUCAUCUCCAAAAACCCCAGCAACUUCAUAAUCUUUCCAAAUCAUGGCAUCUGUGUCCGCAAUGAAAUCCCGCCUACACAAAGGUGACACUCUGUAUGGCCUCUUCCUCUGCAGCUUCUCUCCAGUCCUCGCCGAAAUCACUGGCUAUGCCGGCUACGAUUUCGUAGUUGUAGACAUGGAACACGGCCACGGCGGCAUCUCCGACGCCCUCCCUUGCCUGCACGCCCUCUCUGCCACCGCCACACCCGCCAUACUCCGGCUACCUGAGUGUUCAUCUACAUGGGCCAAAAAGGCCCUUGAUUUGGGCCCACAAGGCCUCAUGUUUCCAAUGAUAGACAAUCCCUACUUGGCCCAACAGGCCGUGUCUUACUGCCGCUACCCGCCCAAUGGGAUUCGUGGGGCGGCCCAUCCAAUUAUCCGGGCCUCCAAGUACGGCAUUGACGAGGAAUACUUGACAAAAUGUGAGAAUGAUUUGUUUAUCAUGUGUCAAGUUGAGUCCAUGGAAGGUUUAAGGAAUGUAAAAGAAAUAGCUUCAGUUGAUGGGGUGGACUGUAUUCAAAUUGGGCCAUUGGAUCUAAGUGCUAGUAUGGGCCAACUAUUGGAUCCACUAAAUGAGAAGGUAAAGUCCAUGAUGAGUGGAGCAGAAGAAGCAGUUAUUGGGCUAAAGUCUAAGAAAGGAAAUGGUUCAAAUGGGCCUUACUUGGCUGGGUUUGCAAUGCCAAAUGAUGGGCCUAAUGAGUUGAGGGCUCGUGGAUAUGACAUGGUGUCUGGUGGAGUUGAUAUUGGGCUUUACAGGAAUGCUGCACUGGAUGAUGUAAAGAAGUUUAAAAUGGGUCUUAAUCUGACAAAGUGAAAUAGAUGCAACUGCUGAUGUCUCUAGUUUUGUAAAUAUUGAGAGUAAAUAAUCCUUCUAUUUCAUCCAUGUAGCUGCUUAGAUUAGAUUUUCCGAACUCCUAAUAGAUCUUUAAUUGUGUCUUA